AUGGUCAAUUCAGAUAUCGACGCUAAGACUUCAAAAAUUUUAACUCAAACUUACGCGAUUGUGUCCACCGGGUUUGUCACAUUUGGCGCUGGUCUAUUCUUUUCUCAGUACAUCAACCCGAUAGCUGCUGCCGCCAUAUGCGUCGCGGCGUUUAUUUCCGCAUUCAUGAUGUUGUGCACCACAUCGUCAAACCUUAAGAUGUGCUACAUCUCACUCUUUGCUUUUGGCAUUGGGCUUUCUGGUGGGUAUUAUUGCCAACGAUAUCAACUUGUCGACAAAGAGAUAGUGUUAGUAGCGUUAUGUACUAUAGCCAUAUUUGUUGGUGUCACCGUAGCUGCUUUCUUCUCACGUAAUUUGUAUGUCUUUUAUGGCGUAGCACUAGUCGGAUGUUCAUUCUUAUAUUUGGUCUCUGCGAUCUACUUCUUGUUUACUUGGGGAAUGACAACGCUCUUCUUUUUGUUCUCUUUAACAUUUGUAAUGGACGUCAUCGUCUUACUCAUGGACACACAAAAGAUUAUCGCUCUUAUCGAAAACGGACAGACCGACCCGUUCCCACUCUCAUUCAUUUUACUUUCUGACGCUUUCGAAAUAUUUAUCGACUUGGUCAAAAUCGUCUCGUCUCUCAAAAAAGAUAAGAAUGAGAAGUGA